AGAAAAAAAAUGGAAAGCAGCAGAGCAGGCCUACGGAGGAAGAAGAGCUCCUCCCACCGGAUUUCUCUCUCCUAUCAUUCCAACCACGGGGAGGGAAUCUCCAGAAUCUUCUCCGCCAACCACUUCCCCUUGACUCUCACUGUUUACCUAGAAUCCAUCGCGGUCCCGCCGCUCCCUACAGAACUAGUUUAUGUCCCUUUCGUCCGCUACAAAAAUCUUCUCUUUUUCUAUACAGAGAUUAAGUUUCGAUGAUAGUGACAGGCUCGUGUUGGGGUUCAUGAGACUCCUGCAGGCUGCAGGUACUUAGGUAUCAGGUUGCGAGGCUCGAGCACCAACUCUCCAUUCCCCUCUUCGAUUCUGGGUUUUCCGUCCAAGAUUUAUCUGAGGUAUGAGGAGACAUGACCCGUGAAGAAUAUUCUUCUUUCAGUUUGCUUUCCUGAAGAACUGCUGCUCUAACUGCUGCCUCUGCAGGAAUCAACUGAAUUCUGUGUGUCUAGGUUCGAAAAGAUUUGAUCUUUGGGGAGGAAGAUCAGGGAUGGGUGAGGUUGGGACACCAGAAUAUUACAGAGAUGGGGGCUCGGACAUGGACCUCCUCAUGCUCUCAACGUUUGAUGGCCUUGACAGUUUCACAGAGCUCGUCGCUGGUCCUUCGUUUGGUGACAGUAUCUUGUCGUCUUUCGGUGCUUCACCUGCGCAGCAGUUGAUGCACAUUUCACCUUCAUCGCCUCCUGUGAAUUUGGAGGCACAAGGUGAUGUUUCCACCACUGAUGGUAGUGAUUGCUCUGAUGGUUUAGCCUCUAAUGAGGUCAAGCACAUGUGCACUCAAACAAUCCCCAAGGCAGUCCAUGGCGGCGUCACUCUGACGGACAGGAUGCUCAGGGCAUUGUCUAUUCUUAAAGACGCAUCUAGCAGUGGAGCAGUCCUGGCGCAAGUUUGGAUCCCUGUAAUAAAUGGAGAUCAUCAAGUGCUGACCACCUCUGACCAGCCUUUCUUGCUUGAUGAGAGGCUGGCAGGGUACAGGGAAGUCUCUAGGCAGUUCACAUUCUCCACCGCAGAAGGACCUGGUCUGUUUCCUGGAUUGCCCGGGCGGGUUUUUAUAUCCGGUAUGCCAGAGUGGACAUCAAACGUCAUGUACUACAACCCUUCGGAGUACUUGAGGGUGAACUAUGCGAUUCACAAUGAAGUCCGUGGAUCCCUUGCCAUGCCUGUUUUCGACCCAAGAAGCGGGUCUUGCUGUGCAGUACUUGAAGUAGUCAUGACUCAGGAAAAGGAUAACUUCUGUUCAGAGAUGGACAAUCUUUCUAAUGCUUUGCAGUCUGUUCAUCUGAGCACCGUGAAAGCAAGGAAACAUCCUCAGAGCCAUACUAGGAAUCAGGAAUCCGUAUUGACGGAAAUAUUGGACGUUCUCCGAGCUGUUUGCCAUACACACAUGCUACCUUUGGCACUUGCAUGGAUUCCAGUUUGCUCCAACAGCAAUUUGAAUUUGUCAGCAGAGUAUGGUGACCAGCCUGUAAAGUUUGGUUUGAGGAACAAAGAUGUCCUUUGCGUGCAAGAGUCUGCCUGUUAUAUUAAUGACAUGAGAAUGCAUGAUUUUGUCCAUGCCUGUGCCGAACAUCCCCUUGGGAAAGGACAAGGUGUUGCUGGAAAUGCAAUUUUAUCAAAUAACCCCUUCUUCUCAUCUGAUGUGAGAGAAUACGAUAUGCAUGAUUACCCGCUCGCUCAUCAUGCCCGUAAGUUUGGUCUUCAUGCUGCUGUUGCAAUAAGGCUGCGUAGCACAUACACUGGAAGUGAUGAUUAUGUGCUAGAGUUUUUCCUUCCACUUGCAUGCAAAGUUGGUGAAGAACAACAGCUCUUACUCGACGACAUCGCAGUGACCAUGCAGAGAGAGUGCAGUAGUCUGAGAACAGUUUCAGAUGCUGAACUGAAGCAAAAUGCCAUAACAGUGCCAUCAGGAACAAGAUGCUCGUCAGCUGAUGUUUCUGUUAAUUCCUGCGACCAAAUUGAUACUGUAUCCAAUGAAGUCAAAGCAAAUAUGCCUUUGGAUAAUCAGAUAAGAAGCACUGCUGAGCAACUGGUGGAUAACAAAUAUGCUAAGAAGUUCGAAGCUGGCACUACAUCUCAAAGUUUUAAAAUCCGCAGCUCAACAGAGAAGAAUGUUAGAUUGAGUAUCCUUCAGGAAUCUACAUCUUAUGGACCUAAAAUACGCAUCUCAGCUGAGAAGAAUGUCAGCUUGGGUGUCCUUCAGCAAUACUUUGCUGGCAGUUUAAAAGAUGCUGCAAAGAGUAUUGGCGUUUGUCCUACAACACUGAAAAGGAUAUGCCGGAAGCAUGGAAUAUUAAGGUGGCCAUCUCGUAAGAUUAAGAAGGUAAAUCGGUCCCUGGAGAAGAUUCAGAAUGUGAUAAGUUCUGUACACGGAGUCGAAGGACUAAUAAAAUAUGAUCCGGCCACCGGAUGUCUUAUUUCAUCAGUUUCUCCUUCUGAAGAACCUUCGAUGAUAAAUGCUGAACAUAGAAGUUCUGAUCCCCUACCCAUGGAAUCUGACUUGUCUAGACGUAAGUUCCAACCCGAUUAUGAUGCUUACCAAAGCGAACAUCUAGACCAAGCUGUACUCCCAGAAGCACACACUGCAAAAAAGUGCGAAGAUCAUUUUAAUUUGAAUCAUAAAGGGUUAUUUCCAAAUUCACAUUUUGACAGAACAUCAGAAGGGACACGGUGUCAGGAUGAGUCGAAUGGUUCGUAUCUUGCAAAAGAAAUGACCUGUGCCGUCAGAAUGGAUGAUAUGCGGGUAGAAGGAGUGAAUCAGAAAAAUGUGCUAUGGGAUUAUGUUUCUAUGCCACAACAAUGCAAAGUAGAGGCAAAAGCAAACACGGCUGAUACAAAGGUUGAGCAAAGCCUGGCAUCUUCUUCCAGUAUGACAGAUUGUUCUAGUGGCGGUACAUCAAGUGAUGAAACUUUGAACAUAGUUAACAGAACCAAUUCGAGCAUAGUCAUCAAGGCCUCUUACAAGGACGAUACUGUAAGGUUAAAAUUACCAGCAUCUAUGAAAUACCAGAAUCUGCUCAAUGAGGUCGCGAGGAGGAUGAAACUAUCAGUUGGCACAUUUCAGCUCAAAUACAAGGAUGAUGAAGAUGAAUGGGUGAUUUUAGAAAGUGAUGCUGAUCUCCAGGAAUGCCUUGAUGUGCUGGACACAACUGGGUCACACAUUGUAAAAGUUCAAGUACGACUAAGAGAUGUUCCAUGUGCUACUGGAACUUCUUCGGCUAGUAGCUCCAUAUCGGGUCACUAAGUCAGGGACUUAGGGUGCUUUUGAAAAAAAAAACUGGUGAAAAGCGAAGGUGUUUUGCUCAUGACAUAGGCUUUAGUAUGACCCCGAUCAAUAACACAUGCUCAUGGCAUAUUAUGGCAAACAUGUUCAUUUAAUCUAGGUUGAACAAUGAACACACUGAUUUUGACCUGGUGGCCUAGUUGGUUAAGUAUAUUUUGGUAGAAAUGCCAGCAAACUUCUGUUUA